UUUGUGACAUCACAGAGCCAGUUGGCUGAGGUGUCUGGCAACAAAUGAGGAUCCAGUUCAGAAAUCAGUGAAGGACUUCCCUGGAUCUCCCGGGAUCAUACUUCAGUCAUCCCUGGUCUCUAAGCCACUGAAGGCAGUCCUCUAGAACAUGGAGGAGGCUGAAGGUAGUCCGGAGGAAACCCAGGACACUAAUAAAAAAGGCACCUCGAGCAGGAUAAGACUUGAGAGAACCUGUAAGAAGAAGUUUCGUGACAGCCAGAAGCUUCAGAAAAGAUACCUGCUGCCACCCGAGUCCGUGAGGAUCCUCCGUGACUGGCUCUCUAAGCACAGGUUUAAUGCCUAUCCUACUGAAGCAGACAAACAAAAGCUGUCCAAGAAGACCAAUUUAUCUUACUUGCAGGUCUCCAACUGGUUUACAAAUGCCCGCAGACGCCUUCUCCCAGAAAUUCUUCAAAAUCCAGACAUUAGCCACAAAGACCAGGCUGCCAAUGCAGCCCAGAAACAGCACUCCAAUCCAUCCAAUGAGGUCAAGACACAGCUUAAUGCUAAAUCAAAAAUGCAGGAUUUGCCCGUGCCAAUAUGCCAAGAAUCUCAAGAGAAAAUGUCAGAUCUGGAGUCUUAUCUUGGCCAGAAGGUGAUCUCAGAAGGCGAGAAAGAAAAAGAAGACAGGAAUUUAAUCAGCGAUCCUCUGUCUUCACCUGAACUUGCAUGGCCAGUGGAAAAGCCCGAUUUUAGCAACUUCUACAUGUUGGUUGAUGCUGCUGUACAGAAGGCAGCAGAAAUGGAGGAGCAGAAGAAGCAAAAUCCCAACCCAUAAUUUCCCCAACAACAGUCCUUUGAACUCUGGUGGGUUCAUUUAUUUUCAACCGGAUUUAUCUUGUAAUGUCGUCUUCUAUUCCAUAUUAUUCCCCCUGUUCAGAAAUCUUUUCCAUUAUCACAUCUCAAUUUUGCUAAAUACCUCAAUGUUUUCUGAUGAAAUCACUAUCCAUGAUAUUCAGCAUAAACAAAUUUUUAACUUCAUCUGCUCCCCUGGGCUUUAAGAACUAUAUAUUUACAUAAUAUUAAACAUCAUGCAAUUUUCAGUCAA